AUGUCCUCGGCGUUGCGAGUGCAAAUUGGCACCUUCAACUACAAUCUUCAGGGAACAUCAGCCUACGCACCAGACCUCUCACCAUGGUUGGUACCGACGCUGUCUGAGAGGUCGUCGCAGUACAAUGCGAGCAAUCCAUCCGAAGGCAGACCCGCGCCCGACUUCUACGCUGUCGGCUUCCAGGAGCUAUUGCCAUUAGACUUGGGCUUUGCUGGGAAGGCGACGCAGGCGCUGUCGUCUACCGAUACUGCCAUUCGGCGUGCUAUUCGCCCACAGAGCGCCACGACUCGAAGUGACGGCAAGUAUCCUCCCGGAGGCGGACCCGAGAACUACGCCCUCGUAGCUCGCGUUCAGCUUGUCAGCAUCGUUCUCUACGUGUAUGCGCGCGAACGAGUCGAUGCGGGCUCACAUGCCCCCAGUAUCGCCCAGCGCGUAAAGGAAGUGAGGACGAGCACAGCAGCUUUUGGUUUGCUGGGUCUCAUGGGCAACAAGGGAGCGACUGGAGUCCGCGUGGUUCUAGCAGGGGCGACACCGGGUUCACCGGACGAGGUGCUCACCUUUGUGUGCGCCCAUCUUACCGCUCACGAUCACAACGUCGCAAAGAGGAACGCGGACUGGCGGAACAUCGUCCAGCGACUGGUCUUUGCUCCAGACGCUGUCCAAGGUCUCCCCUCCAGCUCACCCAGCGGUCCGCAAGGAGGUGGAAGAGCGGGAGAUGCCAAUCCUGACGUUGAUGCUCUCUCCAAGCAGUAUCAAGCGGAGAAGGAGAGCAGCGCAAAGAGGAGCGCCGAAAAGGCCACAGCGCUCGAUCAGCAAGAUCACAGCAUCUACGACACUUCUCAUCUCUUCGUGUUCGGUGAUCUCAACUAUCGCAUCGCAUUCAACACGAAACCUGCCGCUCACUUGAAGGCGGACGGCGAGGCUUUGAAGAAGAGCGACAUCAAGCGCAAAGUCCAGCAAGCCGAUUGGCGCACUCUGGCAGCGUACGAUCAGCUCUCUCUCGAUCACCGACACCCUAGUGGGUCUCGCGUCUUUCAAGGACUCGUGGAGCCUCACCUUCCCACUGCUGGCUUUGGUCCCACGUACAAGUUCAAAGUGGACAAAAGCAAACGCGGCAAGAAUGCCGCGCAAGGUGACAUUGAUGCCGACGAAAAGAGCUCGCAAGGCGCAGCUGCUCAGCCUGCUCAGCCGCAAGAGCUAAGCGGCAAGCGCGUUCCUGGCUGGACUGAUCGCAUCCUUUGGCUCAGCUUGGGUACCGCAGCGGACGAGAAGACGAGCGAUGCGAGCUCCCUUCACGGCGUACAGACCGAGCUGUACAGGAGUAUCAUGAGCUACACUGUGAGUCUGACAACUGCUCUUCAUGAUAUGAGUCCAUAAAGACAGGGUGUUGACACUGUCCGCGUUGCUUUAGCACUCCGACCACAAACCGGUCACCGCAAUCCUGCGAUUGCCAUCGCCUUCGCGGCUAGCACCAGGAGGCGAGGCAGCUCUGCAGCCGCUCAAAGCGCCUUACCCCAUCGACGGUGCGUGGCGGACAAAGAGGCUGAUCGGACAGACGCUGGACUCUCUGCUCGGUCUCGCUUGGUCCUCGCUCAUUGCUGCGGGAGCUGGAAGCCUCAUCACGGGGCUCUUGGAGCUGGCCGUCAUCGUUGCGUUGUCCGCUUACUGGUUGUCUGCUGGCGGAGGAUCACGCGGAGAUUUGGGUUGGAUACUGGGAGGCUUUGCAAAGUGA